UUCUAGUUUUUACUAGUGGAAAUUCAAAUGUUGAUAUCAAGAAUACAUAUUUCUGCGAGUGAUGACAUCAUUGUUGAUAUCAAGAAUUAACAUUUUUACUAGUGAAAACUGAAUUGUUGAUAUCAAGAAUUCAUAUCCUGAGAAUGAAUAAAAGUCAAAGCGGCUUGCCAUACCUGCCCCUUUAAUCGCGAAAGUGAAAGUGCCCUUUGCGGUGGCAUUGCGGUGCCCCCUCGUUCCCAUUUCUCCCCCCCGGAACGCGAUUUCUAACGCGGGAGAACAAUCCCCCAGCAACCCUUCAGCUAUGGAGGGACAGGCGGAGAGACGGAGAACAGCAUCUCCAGAACCCAGUUGGGUGUCUAUGAAGAGUUCAGACUCCAUGUAUCAACCUCCUGAAUUCAGUGAUGGAUCGGUGCCCUUUGUCCCCAGAGAGCAAAUUACAGCAACACCUCCAGAACCCAGUUGUGUGUGUAUGAAGAGUACAAUCUCAAUGUAUCAACCUCUUCAUUUCAGUGAUGAAUUGAUAUCCUUUCACCCCAGUGUUCUGAUCCAGACUAAAUGUGGAUUAUCCAGUUCUGCUGGUUCUGCUCCCCGCUACACUGCAUCUGUUGAUGUGCUCAAGGAGAGACACAAAAUGAGCAUGAAGAUGAAGUAUGAGAGCUUAUUUCAGGGAAUUCGAUUACAAAAGAAUACAAUUCUUCUAAACUGGAUUUACACACAACUCUUCAUCAUAGAGGGAGAGAGUGAAGGGGUGAAUGAGGAACAUGAGAUCUUACAGAUGGAGAACAAUUACAAGACUCUCCAAAACACUCCAAUUAACUGCAAUGACAUCUUUAAACCUCUACCAGGAUGUGAGAAGCAGAAAAAAGACAAAAUCAAGACCGUUCUUACUAGCGGUAUCGCUGGAAUUGGAAAAACGGUCUCUGUGCAGAAGUUCAUUCUGGAUUGGGCAGAGGGAAAAGCCAAUCAGGAUGUAGAUUUCAUGUUUGUGCUUCCAUUUCGAGAGCUGAACUUGAUUAAAGAUCAUCAGUACAGUCUUUACAGACUUCUGCUGGAUUUUCAUCCUGAACUUAAGGAUCUGGACUCAAAGAACUUUGAAGAUCAUAAAGUUGUGUUGAUCUUUGAUGGUCUGGAUGAAAGCAGAACACAGAUGUUUUCAGAAAAGGAGACCGUUUCUGAUGUGAAUGAGUCUUCAUCAGUGGGUGUGUUGAUGUCAAACCUCAUCAGAGGAAACCUGCUUCCUAAUGCUCUCAUCUGGAUCACCUCUAGACCAGCAGCAGCCAGUAUUAUUCCUUCAGAAUACAUCAACCGUCUGACAGUGAUUGAGGGACUCAAUGAUCUUCAGAAGGAGGAAUAUUUCAGGAAGAGUAUCAGUGACGAGCAUCAAGCCAGCAGAAUCAUCUCGCACAUCAGAAGAGUAAGAAGCCUCCACAUCAUGUGCCACAUACCCGUCUUCUGCUGGAUCUCAGCUACCGUGCUUCAAAGCCUCCUGAAACAAGAUGGCAGUGCAGAAAUCCCUCAAAAUCUGACUGAGAUGUACAUCCACUUCCUGCUCACUCAGAUGAACAUGAGGAAUCAGAAGUAUGAAGAGACAAGUGGAAGAGAUCCAGAGAUACUCCUGCAGUCCAACAGAGAAGUGAUUGUGAAACUUGCUGAACUGGCUUUCAAGCAGCUGAUGAAGGGCAAUGUGAUGUUCUACGAGGAGGACCUGAUUGAGAGUGGCAUAGACUUCACUGACGCCUCAGUGUAUUCUGGGAUUUGCACUGAGAUCUUUAAGGAGGAAUCUGUGAUUCAUGAAAGGAAAAUCUACUGCUUCAUACAUUUGAGCUUUCAGGACUUUCUCGCUGCGUUUUAUGUUUUUUACAGCUUUAUAAAUAACACCUCAGAUGCUUUGAAAGUGUUUGAUUUGCUCCCAAAUUUCCAUAAAGGAGUGAUAGAUGUGGCUCUUGGGAGUAAGAACGGACACUUGGAUCUCUUCCUGCGAUUCCUGCUGGGCAUCUCGCUGGAGUCCAAUCAGAGACUCCUACAGGGUUUGCUGACACACACGGAGAAGAGCUCAGAGAGCAUCAGGACAAUCACAGCUUACAUUAAGGACAAAAUCAAACAUGAAGAGGGUCUCUCAGCUGACAGAUCCAUCAACCUUUUCCUCUGUCUGCUGGAGGUGAAAGAUCAGACUCUGCUCAGAGAGAUUGUGCAGUUUCUGAAAUCAAACAUAGACUCACGGAAGAAACUCUCUCCUGCUCACUGCUCAGCAAUCGCCUACAUGCUCCAGAUGUCAGACGAGGUGCUGGAGGAGCUGGACAUCAAGAAAUACAACGCAUCAGAUGAGGGCAGAAGGAGACUGAUACCGGCUGUGAUGAACUGCAGAAAAGCUCUUCUUGCUGGCUGUAAUAUCUCAGAUCAGUGCUGUGAAAUCCUGGCCUCAGCUCUACAGUCAUCAGAUUCACCGCUGAUAGAGCUGGACCUGAGUAACAAUGACCUGCGGGACACCGGUGUGGAGAUUAUCUGUGCUGGACUGAAGAGUCCAAACUGUCACCUGCAGAUACUGAGAUUGUCUGGCUGUAUGGUGACAGAGGAAGGCUGUUGUCAUCUGGCUUCAGCUCUCAGUUCAAACCCUUCACACCUGAGAGAGCUGGAUCUCAGCUACAAUCACCCCGGAGUCAAGGUGUUUUCUACUCUGCUACAGAAUUCAGACUGCAAACUGAAGACAUUUAAUGCAGACCAUUGUGGGGAUUUCAGGAUCACACCAGGACUGCGAAAAUAUGCCUGUGAUCUCACGCUGGAUCCAGACACGGCAAAUACUCGUCUCGCUCUGUCCGAGGGGAACAGAAGUGUGUCGUGUGUGCAAGAUGACCAGCCAUAUCCCGAACAUCCAGAGAGAUUUGAGCACCACGAGCAGGUUCUGUGUCGAGAAACUCUGUCUGAACGCUGUUACUGGGAAGUUAAAUGGCAUCGGGGUGCUUAUGUUGCAGUAACAUAUAAAGACAUCAGAAGGAAAGGAGGGAGCGACUGUAGAUUUGGGUGGAAUAAAAAGUCCUGGAGUCUUAUCUGUACUACUGAUCGAUAUAGUGCCUGGCAUGAUAAUGAGAACACAGACAUACAUGUCCAAUCAGAACCCUCAAAGAGAGUCGCAGUGUAUCUAGAUUGGCCGGCUGGAACUCUGUCCUUCUACAGCGUCUCCAAAACACACAAUCUCACACACAUACACACGUUCAACACCACGUUCACUGAACCGCUUUACGCUGGGUUUGCAGUUUAUGGUUCUGUGUUUCUGUCAGGGUGAAAAGCCUUCUGCUUUUUAAGACAUUAAAAAUUUCUUAAGUCAUUAAUAAGUAAUUAAUAAGUUCAUUAUGUUUCAUAAUAAAGUCUUGUAUGUCACAGGAUGAAGGGGCAUGUUUAUCAUAACACUAUAUUUAAUUGUGUCACUUCCUGUUAAUAAUCUGUUUGAAUUUCUUUUGUGUAUUGUAUUAUUGUAUUUAAACAUUCAGAGUUCUUUUUGUUAUAAGAAAAAGUUCUUAAACCUUUUAUACUAUGAAAACACUUUUUUGCAACUUAUUUCAAUAUUGUGAUAAUACAGUAUACCGUGAUAAAAGCUUCAGCAAUUAUCGCAACACAAAAAAAUUGAUACCGUCACAUGCCUAGUUGUCCUUAUUGUUGAAAACCUGAACUCCUGAAAUACAAAAACAAAACAGUAAGUACAGUGCAUUAUAAUAGAAUGUUGUGAAAUCUUUAGUGUGUGUGUGUUACUUUAAGAGAGCAAUCAAACAUCUGUUGUUUUAUUGUCUUUGUUUUUUAUGAUUUCAUUUUAUAAUCAUUAGUCAUUUAUGUAGUUGUCAUUUGAUUUUAUCAUUUAACCAUAUAUUCAUAUUAUUUGAUUUACAAAAUGUAUUCUUUAAUCAUUUAUUCAUCAUUUUAUUAUUAAUAUUCAUUUGUCGUUUUAUAUUUUUAUCAUAUAUUUUUAUUAUUUGUAUAUUUCCUUUCUAUUGUUGUUUAAUAUUAUGAUUGUGUGGUUUGAGGGAAUGUUUGUCUUCAUGAGUAAGAUAUAAGAGAAUGUCUCCAUUUCAAGGUUUUAUCGUCACAGGACGAUGUUGUGAUGACAGCAUGCACAUGUUAAUUGUUAAUUGUUUAGUCUAUCCACCUUGUUUUUAAAUGUGGAAAUAAGGUGUUUUCUGUGAAUGUCAGAGAGUUCUGAUUUAUUAGCUACUAUAGGGAAACAUUGAAGAAUAUCAAAGUUUUUUACCCCUCAGAACGCAAUUUUUUUUACUUGGGACGCCCCAUGAAACGCGAUUGGGCUAGUUUUGAGUAGCAAUUGGGUGGGUUUUGUUGUAAAACCUGGCAACCCUGUUUUUUAGUACAUUGUUGCCAUUAUAAAAUUAUUUUAUUUGUAAAAUAAUUGUAAAAUUAUUUUAUUUAAUUUUUUUAUUUAAUUAUUUUGUAAAAUUAUUGCAGGCUUGCAUUUCUGUGUUUGCGUGAUGUUGAAGGAUCUAAUGAUUCUCAGUAGCAACCUGUGUGUGUGUGUGUUACUUUAAGUGAGCAAUCAUACAUCUGUUGUGUUUUAUUUUCUGUUUUUUUUAAAAUAUAUUUUUUCAUUUUAUAAUCAUUUAUAAUCAUUAGUAGUUGCUCAACAACCAUGUGAUUCGCGGAUUAACUACAUUUAGUCAUUAUGUAGUGAAAGUUUAUUAUUUGCACAUGUUAGUAAGUCUAACCACUUUAAAACACUCAAGCAUUUAUAAACAAUUCAAAAUGCAAGAAGCGGCAAGACAGAUCUUGAUUCGCAAUCGCACGCCGUUUUCAGUGUGUGCACGCUCACAGAGGCGCCUUUCAGAUGGCGCACAAACACAUAAUCGAGCGAUGUUUAGUGACUCCUUGCACUUGAACGGACACAUACACACACAAAAUGAUCUCAAAAUCCCCGUCUCGACAAGUAUUCUUGCAUACAGUCAGUUUACAGUCUUAAGUGAACCUAAACAGUAGAGAUAACUUGAGAAAGAAAUCAAAUGUGUUUCAUCAUAUUGAUUCCAUGCAUUUAUUGACAGUAGCCUAAAAUAACUGCUGUGUCAUUAAUUGUCAAACAACAAAACAACUUUAACAGUUUUAAUUUAUCCUUUAAUCAUGUAUUUGUCAAUUUAUUAGUAAUAUUAUUCAUUUGUCAUUUUACAUUUUUAUAAUUUGUAUCACUAUAUUUCCUUUCUAUUGUUGUUUAAUAUUAUGAUUGUGUGGUUUGAGGGAAUGUUUGUCUUCAUUGUCUCCAUUUCAAGGUUUUUAAUGUCACAGGACGAUGUUGUGAAGAAGUCAUUUUAUAUUGCUUUACCUUUGGUAUAAUAACACUUGUUGGAUUUCUACUAGUCAGACAAAGUCUGAGCAUUAAAACAUGCAGCUAAGAUUAUUCAAUAAACACUGCUAUUUUUAUAAUCA